AGUUCGUUCUCAUCUUCCUGGGAGUUCGUAGGUCCAGUCAGACAGCCAGGUGCAGCCGCCUCCUAUAGUAUCUCAUCAGCAAACAUGAGGAGACAACAUCAUCAUCAUCAUCGCCGGAACGAUCCCACGGGCAGAUCAUCUCCAGUCCAAAUUAUCUCGACGGGAGGUCAAGAUGGACCGAACGGAUCCUCUUCCUCUUCUCCACCAUUGACCAUUACAAUGUUAGGCGCUGGUCAAGAAGUGGGACGAUCAUGUUGUGUUCUGGAGCACAGGGGCAAAAAGAUUGUCUGUGAUGCGGGAUUACAUCCUGCUCAUCCCGGGAUGGGCAGUCUCCCGUUCAUCGAUGAACUGGAUUGGUCCACGGUCGAUGCGAUAUUGAUCACUCACUUCCAUGUCGAUCACGCUGCGGCACUCCCUUAUAUCAUGGAGAAGACGAAUUUCCGUGACGGACAUGGCAAGGUGUACAUGACUCACGCGACAAAGGCCAUCUACGGGCUGACCAUGAUGGAUACGGUUCGCAUCAAUGAUCAGCAGGAAGAUCAGUCUGGGAGGUUAUACGACGAAGCAGACGUUCAAGCCUCUUGGGAAUCUACCAUUGCAGUCGACUAUCACCAAGAUAUCGUGAUCUCUGGGGGAUUAAGGUUCACGCCCCAUCAUGCAGGCCACGUUCUCGGCGCUGCCAUGUUCUUGAUUGAAAUUGCCGGACUCAAGGUCCUCUACACGGGCGACUACUCCCGUGAAGAAGACAGGCAUUUGGUCAUUGCAGAGGUCCCGCCCGUCAAGCCUGACGUGAUGAUAUGCGAGAGCACGUUUGGCGUGCAUACGUUACCUGACAGAAAGGACAAGGAGGAACAGUUUACGACGCUUGUUGGUAACAUUGUCCGACGAGGAGGAAAAUGUCUCAUGCCGAUCCCUUCGUUCGGGAACGGACAAGAACUUGCGCUUCUCCUGGACGAGUACUGGUCAAAUCAUCCCGAACUCCAGAACAUCCCCGUGUACUUUGCCUCUGGUCUGUUCCAACGUGGGAUGCGAGUCUACAAGACCUAUGUACACACCAUGAACGCCAAUAUUAGAGCUCGAUUCGCAAGACGAGACAAUCCAUUCGAUUUCAAAUAUGUCAAGUGGUUGAAAGACCCAAGAAGGCUGGACGAUCAUCGUGGUCCUUGUGUCGUCAUGGCGUCCACUCAAUUCAUGAGUUUUGGACUGAGUCGAGGUUUGUUGGAGGAGUGGGCUCCGGACCCAAAGAAUGGAGUCAUCGUCACAGGUUACAGUAUAGAAGGGACCAUGGCGAGGACACUUCUUGGCGAGCCGGAGACCAUCGAGUCACUCAAAGGAGGGACCAUUCCUCGUCGAUUGACAGUCAAGGAAAUUUCAUUCGGUGCUCAUGUGGACUAUGCUCAGAACUCAAAAUUCAUUCAAGAGGUCGGUGCUCAACACGUCGUUCUGGUCCAUGGCGAGGCGUCUCAAAUGGGUAGACUGAGAGCAGCAUUGAGAGAUACGUACGCUACCAGGGGACAAGAAAUCAAUAUCCACACGCCGAGGAAUUGUGAACCUCUCACCUUGACUUUUCAAGCGGAGCGAAUGGUCAAGGCGAUCGGAUCCCUUGCCGAGACGCGGCCUGAACAUGGCAUGCCAGUCAAGGGGCUUCUCAUCUCCAAAGACUUUUCUUACACCCUUUUGGACCCCAAAGACCUGUACGACUUUACGGGGCUAUCGACCAGUACGAUCGUCCAGAAACAGAGCAUACCCAUCAGCGUCGAUUGGUCCGUGGUCAGAUGGCACCUGGAGGGAAUGUAUGGUGAAGUCGAGGAGGGCAUGGAUCCAUUUGGACGACAGAGCCUGACAAUCAUGAACGCUGUGACAUUAGCCUCGGUCUCUUCGACCGUUGCAGAGCUUUCUUGGUCCUCAUCCUCUGGAAACGAUAUGAUUGCGGAUUCUGCCCUCGCUAUCUUAUUGGGCAUAGACUCCAGUCCAGCCACAGUGAAACUCACCUCGAAUCCUCACCCUCAUGCCCACCACUCACAUGCUCACUCUCACGCAAACGGCCAUUCUCAUUCCGAUGGUGACAAACCAUACCUCACGUCGGAGUCCGAACAUCUCCUCUUAUUCCUCAAGUCACAUUUUGGCAAUGUUACUGUCCCGUCCGGAUCCGACGACGAGGAUGAUUUAUGGGUCAUGGAUGUCAAGGUGGAUAAUUCCACUGCCAGAGUGGACCUGAUCUCCAUGCGAGUCGAGAGUGAUAAUACCGAUCUCAAACGUCGAGUUGAGAGUGUCGUCGAAAUGGCCUUGACAACGAUCAAACCCCUCUCGCUGGCAUUCAUAGGACAGGGACUAGAUCAUGUUCAUUCCAUCGGUCAGACUGUCGCGUAACACCCUCUUUGCAUUUAAAGUGUUGUACAUUAUCUCUCAAUUCGUUUUAACUUUUCUGCAUGCAUUCGUGAAUGUGAGA